AUGGCUACUAGACAAGAUGAAGGAGACGCAAUAGAGCUAGUCUACAAGGCAUCAGUUGCGGGGUGCGUAUCUACCUUAAACAAAUUGAUCGAAACAAGCCCACUCAUUCUUAGAAAGUUUUCUUUGACUACUUUUACUGAAACUCCCUUGCAUGUAUCUGCUUUGCCCGGCCACCAUGACUUUACCAGAACCCUUCUCACUCAUAAUCCCAACCUCGCGAAGGAGUUGGACUCUUACAGACGCUCAUCUCUCCACUUGGCUUCUGCCGAGGGCCACGAGGAGAUCGUUCAAGUUUUGUUACAUGCAGAUCAUGCCGAUGUCUGCUUGUAUCAUGAUCAGGAUGGCAGAAUUCCGCUUCACUAUUCAGCCAUGAGAGGACGACUUGAGGUCCUCAAGAAGUUGAUACGAGCAAAGCCAGAGUCCAUAUUUGUUUCGGUUCUGAAUAGAUCAAGAGAAACGGCUUUGCACUUGUGUGUUAAAUAUAAUCAAUUGGAGUGCUUGAAACUGUUAGUCGAACAUGUGGGUGAACAAAAAUCAGAAUUCCUCAACUCAAAAGACACUGUUGGGGGCCGGACUAUCCUGCACCUAGCUUUGGUUCUGAAGCAAACUGAGGGUCUGAGAUCUUAUGUCUUGGAGCACAACUCAGGAGAUAGCAGAAAUCUUGAACUUCAAAAAAUUGUGAUCGGCCACAACGAUGACCACCACCAUCAGCAACCAUUGUCAUCUGUACCGCCAGGAACGACUGCUAAUGUUCUUGACAACAAUGCAGCGGAAAAAGUGUCAAAGGCAAGUUGGAGGACCAAGCUAAUGAAAUACCCAACUGAGGCUGGAAGAAACCCGUGGCAUGCUGAUUGUUGUGGCCGGCAUGAUCGCAACGAUGACUUUCCAAGCUGCAGUUAA